GUGCCUUUUUGUCCCCUAUCGCUAUCUGUAGGUUUCUGUACCGAGCUGAGGAGAGCCGGGUGAUCGAUUGUAAUAUUGAGAUUUUGUAAUAAAAUAAAAAAAUGGCCUUUCAGUGCCAAAGGGAUUGUUACAUGCAAGAGUUUGUCACCACAGUGGUGUCCUGCUGUCCUUCUGAACUGAAACUGGAAAACAAUGGGAAGAAGGAGAAGGUGAAGGGUUUUAAUGUUAUACUCAAAGACACCAUUCUGUUUCCCGAGGGAGGUGGGCAGCCAGAUGACCGGGGGACCAUCGCGGGCGUGCCUGUCCUGAGAGUGACGAGGCAGGGGGCGGAGGCUGUACAUUUUGUGAGCUCUCCGCUAGAGGUGGGAUUGGAAGUCCAGCUGAAGGUGGACUGGGAUCGCAGGUUUGACCACAUGCAGCAGCAUUCUGGUCAGCAUUUAAUCACAGCCAUGGCUGACAGCAUGUUUAGUUACAAGACCACCUCCUGGGAACUGGGGCGUCAGCGCAGCACUAUUGAGCUGGACACGGGCACAGCAAAGCCUGGGGAGAUAGAGGCCCUGGAGAGAGCUGUGAAUGAGAAGAUCCGGGAGCACGUCCCGGUCACAGUCAAAGUGCUCACGCUAGACGACCCGGCUAUGGAGCAGGUGAGAAGCCGUGGUCUCCCAGAAGACGCUGUGGGGCCCAUCCGAGUGAUCGACAUCGAGGGCGUGGAUGCCAACAUGUGCUGUGGAACCCACGUGUCAAACCUCAGCCACCUGCAGGUUAUAAAAAUCCUGGGGAUUGAAAAGGGAAAGAAAAACAAAAUCAACUUGAUUUUCCUUGCUGGAAACCGGGUUCUUAAGUAUGCUGAGAAGAGCUACACCAUAGAGCGGGCUUUGACAGCGCUUCUGAAGACAGGAGCAGACGACCACGUUGAAGCUGUGGACAAGGUGCAGAAGUCAGUCAAGGCAUUGCAGAAGAGUAACCUCAGUCUCUUACGAGAUAUGGCGGUGCUAAUUGCACAAAACUACAAGAACAAUCCAAACCGAGGCAACCUGUUCUGCUUACACAGAAAGGAAGGUGAUAAUGAGUUUAUGAAUAUAAUAGCAAAUGAAAUCGGCACAGAGGAAACGGUCUUGUUCUUGACAGUUGGAGAGGAGAAGGGAGCGGGGCUGUUCCUUCUAGUUGGACCCGAAGAGAUUGUGGAGAAGAUGGGACCAAGGGUGGCGGAGCUACUGGAAGGGAAAGGCGCAGGGAAAAAAGGGAGAUUCCAGGGCAAGGCCAGUCGGAUGGAGCGCAGGGGGGAGGUGGAGGCCUUGCUGCAGGAGCACAGCCGGUGCCCCCACCUGGAGGAGUGAACACACAUGAGCACACCCCUGUUGUGUCACCCAGAGGCGGGGAGGUUAUGGUGCUAAUGCAGCCAGAUGAACCCCCCCCCCCCGCAACACACACACAGAUAUGCACAGGGGCUUACGCACCCAUAAUUACUGGAAGCUGGAAGGACGGAUUCUCCAGCAGUACACAGACACUCACAAAGGCAGACAAACCCAAAACCUAACAAGGAUGUGUUGACGCUGUUGGUAAUCAUGUAGGAAAUGCAGCAAUUGAGUUAUUGAUCAUUUCUUUUUGUAGAAAUACAUCCUUCACGCAGAGUACAUUUAAACUGGUACGUCUCCGAUUGCUUUAGUACUGUAAACAGAGACUAAUUUUAUGCAACAGAGGUAAAAUAUGGCAUAUAUGUACAGUGAUUAGGAAAUCAUUUUUGGAAACGUAUAAAUCUCUGAAAUGUGUACUUUUUUGUUUGUCAAAAUGUACUUUAUCAUGAAUAUGUGUUCUCUGUGAAUCCAAUGCAACACUGUCGCUGAGUUCCUUUGAUUCCGUCCAGUCUUUCCUUGUCGUUUCGAUAUUUCAGUUAUAGCUUGAGAUUUACCUCUGAUACUUUAAUACUCUAAAGUAAGUUGAUUACUUUGACACAUAUUGAAAAGGCUCCUGUGAUUCAGAUGGCUGUUUGUGUGUCAGUUACACGGCCCCUGCUUGAGAUCACGCCAGUUACACGGCUCCCGCUUGAGAUCACGCCAGUUACAUGGACCAUAUACAUCACGCCGCAAGAACCCUGAGCUAAAUUUGCCCUUAAUUUCUCAAUAAUGUUAUUGUCCAAAAUGUCUUCCGUGACUCUGACAUGCUUUAUCUGUGAAUUAUGUUUUUAGUUAGGAAGCAUGUCACCCAGGGAACACAUAACUUAUACAGGAUAAGAGACGUCAUAAGUUGGGAACCAGCAGUGGUGGAUGCGGUUGGAUAGAAACAAGAAAACAAAGGAUAUUAAUUAACUAUUAAGCAUUAUGAGCAGGUUAACCUUAUCAACCAAAAUGCCAUUCCAGGAUAAUGGAAAUAAGAAUUUAUAGCCGUAAGUUAUCGGUAUGUCUUGCAAUGCUAUGACUAAUGAAUUUGUUUAUCUAGAAACCUUUGUCAGUCUGCCUUUUUAUUGUGCUGUACCUGAUAGUGGUUUAUUUUAAAUCUUACAAAAACUCA